GCUGUGGGCGGGACUUGUGGCGGGCUGAUUUGUAACCCGCUGAAGCCGGAGUGAAGGAGACGGAACAUGGCGCUCGCUCUUCCCCGGACCGUUCUAGGAUCAGCCCGUAUUUAAAGCUCCAAACGCGGCCAGACGAAACAACUCCCUUCUAUCUCCAGAAACGACACAAUUACCUGCAGCAACUCAACAAAAAACGGGAAUGAAAGAAAACAGUGCAAAAAUGUUAUAGCAUCAGAUCUAGCUGGUCAUGAUUAAACCAGGAUUAAACCAGGAUUAGACCAGGAUUAAACCAGAACUUUUCACAUUUUGUCAAGCAGAAAGUCUUUGUAAAAUUUAGUUUAAAAUCAUGGACCCCACGCAGAGAGUUGUGGGUCUGAAUCCUCAAACAAACAUGGUUUUCACUGUGGUCAAACCAGUUAUGGGCAUUUUACAAGUGUCGCCCCACGAAUCCACCGCCCUCCAGCCCAACACCCCGAUGACGCUGCAGCAGAACCCAACUCUGGUCCCCAAUAUGGCCGCUGAAGUCCAGCCGCAGAUCCACCUAAACCCAGACCCCUCAGAGACCCAAGAUCCAAGUCCAGAUCUGGGUCUAGAUGCGGAUCCUAACCAGGACUUUGGGGCAGGGGACUCGGGGCAGUGCAGCGUGGAGCAUCUGCCUUUCGCCGAAGUGUCGUCACUGCUGGAUCCAAAUAUGAAAGGAUCCAAAGCAAGGAAGUACCUGAUCUCGUAUGACGAGAUCCGGCGCCGUCUGCAGCCUCCAGAGAAAAUGUCUCUGCGCUCGAUCGCUGCAUACACCAGAGUGAGCAGAGGCCCGGCCAGUAAGAAAACUCUACAGGAGUCUCUGAGUGUCCUGGGACUGUCCCCAAGUACCACCACUGCUGUGUCCUCCUCCUUCUCCAAGCUCACAGAGGGAGACACCAGGGCUCUGUGUGAGGACAUGAGGGACUUUUCUCAGGAUUACAUCGAUUAUGAAAACAUCGCCAAACAACUGAUCCCCAAAGUCAACACAGUCCAGCACUGGUCCAAGAUCAUCGAGACCAAAAACCACUUGGAGGACAUGCGCCGCUGCUUCCAGGACCCAGUGAACAGCCAGGCAUUUGACAGCGCCACCCACGGGCUCGGUCUGGGAAUGAUGCACGUGGUCCUGGACAUGGUCUCAUCCGUGAUCCAGCACCAGGUCCGAAUCCUGUCCGGAUCCACCGGCACCAACGCAGAACUGUCCCACGAGACCUGUCCCUCCACGCCGAGACGCAACCGCAAACGACACCGCAAAUUUAACCACAACGACCCCAACCCGCACCAGAGAACCGUGAGGGAGGCCGUGAGGGAGGGGGCGGCCAUUUUGAAGGCCAAGAGCGGAGGGAGGGGCAGGAAGAAGGUGAGACAAGAUGGCGAGCAGACGGGUGAGACGGAGGCGGUCCCGGAGCAGCAGAUGGAGGAGGGGGAUAAUGUUCUUCUACUGACUGUGGGCUACGAGGCCGUGUCCAGUGAACUCGGCACGAACGAGAGCGUCAAUAAUGACCCAAUGCAGAGCUGAACACGAGCUACUGCGCCCCCUGCUGUUUAAUCUGCGGUAAUGUGGUUAAAGUGACAUGUUUUUUUGUGGCAGAAUGUUCAUCAGUUACCAUGGUGACACAAUGCACACUUUAGCAAACACUUCUAAGAAAAAAAUACAAAAAGGAUUUAAACAGCACAUCUUCAAGAGCCUGUGAUCAAUCGGAGCCUUCGUCGCCCUGUUUAGGAGUUUGAUUUUCAACAAAAAGGUGAAAAACCGUUGGCUAAUGCUAGCUAGCUUGAGAGGGACUUGUUUAACAGCACAAAUCAGCUCACCUGUUGUAGUUUGAGUUACAACAUGUGAGCUGAUCAGUUCUUUAUGGUCAGAUUGUGUUAAAAUAAACCUCAGAUUAAAGUCUAAUUUGAGUAACAGAGCUUCAGACAGAGCAGUGUCCACAGUUAGCAUCACACGCUCAGGAAAUGUUGACGACAUCAUCUGUAUCAGAAUCAAUACAGGAAGUAACACUGAAUUCUAAAACAGAAUCCCGUUAACCCUAUGUAAUUUUUUUGACAGUUUAAACCUUCAUUUAACAAAAUAAAAGUGUUGUGUUUUAUUUUUUAGUCUAAUCAUAACUAUUGUGUUAUUGCCCUUGUUUACAUUAUGGUUGCUAGGUAACCACAUACGUCACAUCUGCUGCCUGUGGCCAACCAGGAAGUAAAAAUGUAAAACUUCACCAGAAUUUUAAAAAAGGGGAAAAAAAGACUAAGCUAUGUUUGAACUUAUUUUAAAAUCUUAAACUUAUUGAUGUUAAUGUUAUGUUCAGAGUCAUAACCGUCGUGUGCUUUUUAAUCUGUGUUGUAGUUUUGGACUUUCUGGCCCAAAGAACAAACAUCUAGAGUUUUCCAGCCAAGAUUAAUGGACUAAACCAGGACUCUGCUCAUCUGGUUUUCGAAAGGAUUUAGGAUUAUAACGUUGAAUUAAUAUUUGUAUGAUUUAUGUUUUAACAUCUGUAUUUGUUUGUAAUACAGAGACCUACUACAGGCUGCUGUGACUUUAUUUGAACCACUAUGUUUAGAAGACAAAGGUUAAAGGUGCACUGUGUAAGUUUUCUAACAGAGGAUCCACCAUCUGCUUGUCUAAAUGGAGAAGUUAGUACUUUGUCUUGCAGUGUUUCCCUUAGAUUUUGUUAAGACUGUGGAGGCACAAAUAUAUAUAUAUUUUUUAUUUGAAUAAUUUCAUUUUCAUACACUUUGUGGAGGAUAAAUGCUGCCAAUAUUUAAACUUUAACUGUCAGUUUUU